GGCAUUUGUCUUAAUCACGGGUUCGAAAUUAGAUCUCCGUUUUCUCGAAUCUCUCCUCUUCCCGUUUCGUACGUCGUCGGAGCUAAUCUCAUCGAUUCUCGAUCGUAAACCAUGGACGGCGACAAUUUCGCCGGCGAGGUAAAUGCCGAAGCCAAAGGGUUAAACCCGGGACUGAUUGUGUUGCUCGUUGUUGGAACUCUGCUUUCGGUUUUCCUGGUCGCGAACUACGUGCUGUACAUGUACGCGCAGAAGAACCUUCCGCCGAAGAAGAAGCCCGUCUCGAAGAAGAAGCUGAAGCGCGAGAAGCUUAAGCAGGGAGUUCCCGUCCCCGGGGAGUAAGUUCCCAUCUUUUUUUUUUCCUCCCUUCCAUCGUUUGAAGAAGCUGGUAAAAGAUAACAUGGUCGGGUCACGAAAUUCGCCCUUUUCGGGGUUUUUUUUCUCCUUUUCCCUUUCUAGUUUUGGUUGUCAUGAGAGAAUCCUUCGAGACUUUUAUGAUUUGCAGCAAGAAUUGUACGGAAACGACCCUUUCUUGGGUGCUAGACUUUAAAUGUCUCUAUUUUUGUUA